AAGAAACAAAAGCACUGUGACAACUUUCAGUGCUCCUCCGAAAUUGAUUAAUCAUUUUGAGUAAACAUUCGGACCAUUUCUAUUAAUAAAAGUAGUAAAGUCCGCAGUUAAUACGCAUUUAGAUAUACAUUUGCUAAAGGCUAUUCCGUAGCUUUCUUUUUGGCGGCACUGUGAUGAAAAUGAGCGAGGAAAACAGCGCUGUUGUGUCCAGAGUGACUGCAGAAGAGGAUGUGCGGCUGUUGAUGAAGAGAAAAGAUGACAUCGAGGAGCAAAUUAAAGCUUAUUACGACAUGCUGGAGUCUGCUGGUGUAGGUACGGAUGGUCCUCUGGUUGAUGUUGAAGGUUUUCCUCGUGCAGAUGUGGAUUUGUAUAAAGUGCGGACAGCCAGACACAGCAUCUCCUGUUUACAGAACGAUCACAAGGCCAUCAUGGUGGAGAUCGAGGAAGCUCUUCAUAAGCUUCACGCCACAGCCAAAGUCGCACAUGAGCAGGACGACACACAGAUGGAAACCAGCGGUCAGACGGUGGAUUCGCCGUCUCCAUUCGCUCUGGUGGAUGCAGUAACACACGGAUCUCCUGCUGCUCAGGCCGGUUUGCGUGUUGGUGAUCAGAUUAUGGAGUUUGGCUCUGUAAAUACACACAACUUCAGGAAUCUGCGAGACAUCGCUGCUGUUGUCCAGCACAGUGAAGGGAAAUCUCUCCGUGUCGGAGUUUUCCGAAACGGACAAGAAGUGCAUCUGAAUUUGACCCCACAGCAGUGGUCUGGACGAGGACUUCUUGGAUGCAACAUAGUACCUCUUCACAGAUGAGCGGUGAAACAGAGAAAGGAUCGUCUUUGGAAAACAGCACAACGGAUUUGCACUUCAUACAUUUGCAGUGGGUUAAUGUUAGUUUGCUUUCACAUUAAUUGGAAAUAUAAAGCAAAGUAAAUAAACUAUCAAGGAGAGAUGAUGGCAGA